ACCAAGUGAAUCAGUGAUUGGUGCAUAUGUACAUCUAUCAAUAUUUGAAGGUUGCAUUGAUUUCAUAAAGAAAGUCUAUUGAUUAUCACCUUAGAUAUGAAUGAAAGCCUUUCCAUAAAGAAAGCCAAAUCUUCAUAAAUUAUUCGAACGAGCACAAAAGAGGAAAUAGCUCAUUUUCAAAGGCAGUCGAAUCAGUGUUUUCGCAGCGUUGAUGUAGCGGUGUUAAACUUUGGACUAUAAGGAAAGACUCAAGCCUGCAUUUCAAAUUCAGCAAAAUUUUCGUUGGACUUCGGCUUGGUUUGCACUGAAGUACUUGCUGACGUGAUAUAAUUGGCAAAAUACUAUMAUAAGACAAACGAGCUCUAGUAAAGCUUGCAAGUCUCUUGAUGAAAACAACAAGAAAUAUUUCCGCCUUCGUGUUUCUGACAUGCGCAGUAGCGUCCUACGCUCUCGGUCCUUACAGAGGCACUUGUAAAAAGAUAGCGCUUUUCAAAACAGCCCAAAAAGAUCGAGCACUGACUGGUCACGUGAUAUCAAACCAUGACGUCACUUCCCGUUUCCACUGUGCUGACCAAUGUCUUCAAACUAGUGGUUGUAAGUCGUACAAUUACCAAGAAACAGGUUCUCUACUCCACGUAUGUGAGCUUAGUGACCACACAAAGGCCUCCGCGUCAUCUGAUUACAUCAUCAAACCAGGCUUUACGUACUAUGACGCUGAGCAGUUCGUUUUACCCGUGUGCGCUUCUUCUCCUUGUCAAAAUGGCGGCACGUGUGGCAUCGAUGAAUGUACUGAUUCUUACGAGUGUCUGUGUAAACCUGGAUACAUAGGUCAAUACUGUGAGACCUGGUUCGGCUUAAAUGGUUCCUCGUCAAGUUACCCAGGUCAUUCAUGUCAGAACAUCAAAUGGACUGGAGAAGACAUUGGAGAUGGUAGAUACUGGAUUAACCCAGGCAACACAGGGACCCCAUUCACUGUGUACUGUGACAUGACCACUGACGGAGGUGGUUGGACACUCGUUAAAGAUUUAACAUUUUCUAGUUCAAAGCCUGGCACUGUUAAAUAUCGCUCCCACUACAAAGCCAUAUCCGACUUAAAAAGAUUUGAGUUCAUUGACCGAGCACAGCUUAAGCAACUUAAACAAGAGAUGGGGUUCACACAGUUACGAUACUACUGUCGUAAAGCAUCUGUUGGCAGAGUAUUUCAUAUCAUGACGGCCAAGAAUGACUUGGGAUACGAUGCUGUAAGGUACUUCAUCAUCAGCAACUCCCCAUACGCAAAAGCUUGUGGUUCAUUCGUUCGUCUACCUGAUGACCAAUCCCGGCUUGCAGCCAACUGUGCCAAAUGGGGCCACAAUAGUGGAUCAUCUUUUAUCAAUAAGUGGGGAUCUUCUACCAACGUAGGUCAACAGAGACCGUACAAAAAAGUGGUAUAUUGGCAUGGCAAACGUGAAUUUUAUAUGCUUAAUGAGUACAUGUGUGACGACAACGUUUCAGGUGGCAAAGCUGGAGACACCUGGAAACUCUUCGUACGAGUUUUACCCGUGUGCGCUUCUUCUCCUUGUCAAAAUGGCGGCACGUGUGGUAUCGAUGAAUGUACUGAUUCUUACGAGUGUCUGUGUAAACCUGGAUACAUUGGUCAAUACUGUGAGACCUGGUUCGGAGGCUGGACACAAAUUAGGGACGUGACCCUGACGGGCCCACCCACUUCUGGCUUUACCCUUUAUACAAACUAUCGGAAGAUAUCUAAUCUGGGAAUAUAUGAAUUCGUCACACAACCUGGACUUCUGCAACUGAAACAAGACAUGGGGUUCACACAGUUACGGUACUACUGUCGUAAAGCAUCUGUUGGAAGAGUAUUUCACAUUAUGACGGCCAAGAACGAUUCGGGAUACGACGUUGUGAGGUACAUGAUUGAGGAUGCUUCUUCGCCUGCAACUGCUUGUAACUCAUUCAUUCGUCUUCCUGAUGAUCAAUCGCUGCUGGCCGCCAACUGUGCCAAGUGGGGCUUCCAAAACGGAGGGACCAAUACCGGUACGUGGGGACACUCGUCAUACCCAGGAACGUGGAGGCCGUACAAAUAUGUUGCAUUCUGGUCAGGUACACAUGUUAAGAGCGACUGUCUGUAAGGAUCGACCAAAAUCGAAUUUUCAUGGCACAAGUCAAAAAAUCGAUUUCGCUCAUAUUUGGUUUUUAGAUAGCCCUUAGUGUAAAAUAAAUCGAGGUGUUGUUA